AUGGAAGCCCUGCAGCGGGAAAUGAUCAGGAUGCAGGAGCACAACGAUAUCCUCUCCUCCAAACUAGACGACACCCAGAAACAGCUUCACGAGCAACAAUCAUGUUCAGCCCAACUGCAGGACGGUUUGGAACAAACCACGCAGCUUCGGCAGGAACGAUCACUAAAGAGCGUACCAAGGCCUAAAGAUCUACAGGCUGGAAAGCAGCUACCUCGAGGCGAACUGUCCGCCUCCCGAAGACUGUUCGUGCCAACUCCAGCUGAGCACCGCCGGGAAUACCAAGUCUACUCCGAUUGCCGCGACAGAAUCAACGACCGACGACGGGAACAGCAGACAUCACCGAUUCCCGUCCAAGCAAAACUCAACGAUCGGCAUCUGGACGUACUGGGACCAAAAUCUCCCCUUCGACGGAGGUAUGACGUGAUCGGCCUAGAGGAGACAGACGAAUCCGACUACAUUCUGACCUCCCUCGGCACGACACUCUCACGCCAGUCAACGACAUCCGGAUCGGCCAGAAGGAACGAUCGGCGGCAAGAACGUCCGACGGCGGGCCACGAGGCACAAGGACACGAGGGUCGCCUCCCAACCGGCCCCCAAACGGCAGAACCCUACAAUCCGCCUCCUCCUUCAAAAAGUCAAUCGGAUCGAGGAAGAGCAGAAUCAGAUCCGAACACCAACCUGGGGAAAGGUACAAUCGGGACCAUUCACCAGCCGAAUCCGAUUCUACCGACCUGA